AUGACCCGGGACUCGUCGACCAAAUCGACGCCCACUUCGCAGGCACUUCAGAACAGCCCCCUUUCGAUGAAGGAGACUGAGGCUCCUCAGCCGAAGCCGGACAACGUCCCAUCGACGAAACCCAAACGAGUUAGAACCGGCUGUUUGACAUGUCGCGAGAGGCAUCUCAAAUGCGACGAGGGCUUACCGAAUUGUCAGAACUGCAAGAAGUCCAAUCGCAAAUGCAAGCGCGGCAUUCGCCUGAACUUCAUUGACAUAUCAUGCGACCCGACUCUGUAUGUCGUGCCUCGACCGCAGGAUUGGAAGAUCACCUUUCAGGAUGAUUCCCGCGACAUUGCUUCCGAAUAUCAGGGCGGUCUCGAGAAGUACCAUCCGCUUGAACCAGAGCCGAAACGACAGAGGUUGGACAUGCCAGAGAUGACCUACGAUUACGGACAUAUUGCCGCCCCGCUCAUGGCUCAUCAGCCGCUACCUGGUCCACAAUACUCGAACACUUAUCCCGAACCACCUCAAGCGAUUUACUCGACUGCGACAAACCAUACCUUUGAUGAAGCAGGAAACACCAUGGCAUCCUUCUCAGACCCUAGCCAAGCAGUUAGGCAACAUUAUCCACCAACGAUGAUGGCCCCUUCUGAACCAGAAGAAUCCUUACCCUUCUUAGAGGACCGUGACGAGGUCUUGUACAUGCAGGUAUUUGUGGAAGAGGUGGGACUGUGGAUGGACUCUAUGGACCCCGACAAGCAUUUCACUCGCGUCAUUCCUUUCCAAGCACUCAAGGAGCCUAUGCUGCGAUACGCGCUCCUGGCGUGUGGGAGUCGGCACCUGACUUUGAUCAGUUCAAUUUAUUCUGAAGAGCACGCGCUGAACUACUACAACCACGCGACGAAGCUGCUACUGAAGUCCCUCCAAAAUCCUGACCGAGACAGUGUAUUAUGUGCCACCACGGCUACCAUCCUCAAUGUCUAUGAAGUCAUGUCCGAGAAAGCUCUGCAGAGGAUGAACCAUAUCGCAGGCGCCCGUGCGUUGAUCAAGGAAUGUCGAUGGGACGCCACCUCCACUGGUAUCGGUUCUGCCUGCUUCUGGCUGAACGUUGGGCUAGAGCUGUUCAGCUGCUUGCAUUUCAACUGGGGUGUCGCUUGGGACCCCGAUACAUGGGGCAUCAAUAUGAACAUGGAACCUCAACGCGUUGGCGGGCACGAAGAGGACUGGACCCACAAGAUGCUCUGGAUUCUGUCCAAGAUCACCAACUUCCGGGCCGAAGCGCAGCGACGAUAUCACGACGGCAGCGUACACGCGGAGCAAAUGCGCUUACACCAACGGCAUCAGCAGUGGCUGGGUCUCGAGCAGUUUUGUGACCGCUGGAAUAAGUGCAUUCCACCCACCAUGCACCCGCUUGGACAAGUUCCGUCAUAUCUGACAAAGUCGAAAAGUUCGUUUCCGGAGCUCUGGCUGAUCAAAAGGACAACCAUCGUCGCAAGAUUGUUCUAUCAUACGGCCAUGGCCUUGCUUGGCGCCGUGCAUCCCCUGGCGACUAUGCAGCCUCAGACGGCAGAGGAGAUGCAAGAAAUGAGACUACAUCAUUCGAGACAGAUCUGCGGUAUCGUGGCCCACGUCAAAGACAGGGGCGUCGCCUCGGCUUCGAUUCGAUGCCUGGCAGUAGCUGGAGAGAAUCUCACGUCCAGACGUGAGCAAGAAGAAGUACUCCAAAUUUUCGAUCGGAUCAAAAAGGAGACUGGCUGGCGCGUGGAUUUCAUCCACGACGACCUCCGCGAGAAAUGGGGCUGGACCAGCAGUGCCCCAGACUACGACAGUGUAAGCACAACAUCGACAUACUGUCCAUCUUCGACGUCCUCGACGCAGGCGGCCGCGACAUCUUCACGACCCAAAUAUCCCGUCGGGAUAGUCAAUCCAUUAUACAAGAACGCCGACUUCUCCGCCCAGAACCCGCCCUACCAGGGGAAUUAUGUGCCUCCGACGCACGCAAAUGUUGUCCAUAAUGAAACACAAAUGUUUGGAUUUUCUAGCAUCGCAGCGAUUUGA